AUCAAUUUAUAUACAUACAUGUUCGAUUGAGGGGUGAGUACUUCUGGAUGAUUUACUGAGCAUUAAUUUAUAAAUCAAUGGCUUCGAAAAUUCACGCAUCAUCGGGGAUUAAAGGGCGAAGCCGGCUCUCCUUAUUCGUCGUAAUCGGCCUCUGCUGCUUCUUCUACUUGCUAGGAGUAUGGCAAAGGAGUGGUUUCGGCAAGGGAGACAAUUACGCAAUCGAGAUCAACAAACAGCAAGCGAACUGCAACGAAGUCUCGCCCUCCCUCGACUUCGAAAGCCACCACAACUACGUGGCGCCCGUUCAUUCGUCGGAGGAACCCAAAUCGAAAGUAUUCAAACCGUGCGAUGUUAAGUACACGGACUACACUCCUUGCCAAGAGCAAGAUCGUGCCAUGAAAUUCCCUAGGGAGGAUAUGGUCUAUAGAGAGAGGCACUGCCCACCGCAAAACGAGAAAUUGCAGUGCUUGAUUCCGGCUCCCAAUGGGUACACGAGCCCUUUUGCUUGGCCCAAGAGUCGGGACUAUGUUUACUAUUCGAAUGUGCCUUUUAAAAGCUUGGCGGUUGAGAAGGCCGUGCAGAAUUGGGUGCAGUUUGAGGGUAAUGUGUUUAAGUUUCCGGGGGGUGGGACUAUGUUUCCUCAGGGGGCCGAUGCUUAUAUUGAUGAGCUGGCGAGUGUUAUUCCCAUAGCCGAUGGAUCCAUUCGAACUGCCCUUGAUACCGGUUGUGGAGUUGCUAGUUGGGGUGCGUAUAUGCUCAAGAGGAAAGUGUUGACAAUGUCGUUUGCGCCGAGGGAUAAUCACGAGGCGCAAGUGCAAUUUGCAUUGGAAAGAGGUGUGCCUGCGAUUAUUGCAGUUCUUGGAUCGAUACAGCUUCCUUAUCCGUCUAGAGCUUUUGAUAUGGCUCAAUGCUCGAGGUGCUUGAUUCCAUGGACCGCCAACGAUGGGACGUACUUAAUGGAAGUUGACCGAGUUCUUAGACCCGGUGGAUAUUGGGUUUUGUCGGGCCCUCCAAUCAAUUGGAAGACAUACUACAAAACAUGGAAAAGAUCAAAAGAAGAUCUAAAAGCUGAGCAAUCAAGAAUCGAAGAGUUGGCUGAAUCCCUUUGCUGGGAGAAGAAGUACGAAAAAGGAGAUGUUGCCAUCUGGCAGAAAAAAGUCAACGACAAAUCUUGCGCUAGAAAAUCCGACAACUUUUGUCAGUCUUCGGAUGAUGGUGAUGUAUGGUACAAGAAAAUGGAGACAUGCAUAACUCCUUUCCCGGAGGUGAAGAGUUCCGAUGAAGUAGCUGGAGGAGAGUUGAGCAAAUUCCCAGCCCGUCUUUUCGAUGUGCCGCCGCGUGUACGCAGUGGCGAUGUGCCAGGUGUCACAACUGAAUCCUACGAAGAGGACAAUAAACUUUGGAAAAAGCGUGUUACCAAUUACAAAAGAAUUAACAGGUUACUGGGUAGCCCAAGAUAUAGAAACAUCAUGGAUAUGAAUGCUGGCCUUGGCGGCUUUGCGGCGGCAUUGGAUUCGUCCAAACUGUGGGUGAUGAAUGUGGUCCCCACUAUCGCCGACAAUACUUUGGGUGUUGUCUUUGAGAGGGGCUUGAUCGGAAUUUAUCACGAUUGGUAACCUUUCCUUUUUUUCUUCUUCACAU